AACUGCAAAGCACAAGAGAUCUAUGCUCUGAUUUUUCCUAGCUCUAUGUCACUGGCUUCUCGUUUCGCUGGAAAUGGCAGCUCCAAGGCCACCUGAUUCACCUUCCGCUUUGGGACUCUCUUGAAGGCUCGAGAUUCCGCUUCCAGUCGGUGUGUCUGGGUGUGUCUAAUUCUCAAACGUUCUCUGACUGUUGAUAUUGAGGAUUUAAAAAGAUAACAACGAUAACUUACUGCUCAGAUCAGAGAAAAGUGGAACCACCAUGUCACAAUGAAGGUGCUGUUUAAGUACUAUAUAAAGUGCGAUGGAUGGGGCUUGUUUCAGCAUAUUAGGUUUGCAUCUCUGCAAAGUUCACUAUUUAAUAGAAAAUUAUAACUACCAAAACAAACGAAAUGACUGUCUCAUCAGAAUCAUAUCUUUUACAAGCCACCGUUACAAAGAAAAACUUAUUAGUUGUUGGUGGUGAAGGUAUCAAAAUAAGCGUUGAAAAUCCAAAUACUGGGGAAAUCACCAAUGUCAUUGAUGGUUGUACAGGUGCUGCUGUUGGUUCAUUAGGUCACAGAGAUCCUGAUAUCUUGAAGGAAAUCACAAAAGCUUCAGAAGAAUGUGUCUACUCAUUUCCUUUAGCUAUGACAAACCACUAUGCUGAAGAUCUUGCUAAAUACUUGGUUGAUAUUUCUCCAAAAGGUGCUUUUAAGGCUGCAAUUUUCACAGGUUCAGGUUCUGAGGCUAACGAUAAUGCUUUGAAAAUCAUUUAUCAAUACCAUGUUGAAAGAAAAGAUGCCAAAAGAGUCAAGUUUAUUUCAAGAAAGUCUUCCUAUCACGGAUACACUAUUGGUUCAAUGUCUGUUUCAGGUUCAAGAACUUCUCCAUUUGAACCUAUUCUACUAGAUCAAAAGCAAGUCCCAAAAGUUAGCAACAUUUAUAGAUACCGUGACCAAUUGAAAACUGAAACCGAAGAACAAUAUAAAGAUAGAUUAUUAAAAGAGUUGGAGGACACUUUCAUUGAAGCUGGUUCUGAUACUGUUGCAGCUUUCAUUACCGAAACAGUUUCAGGUUCAACUAUUGGUACAGAACCUCCAUUACCAGGUUACUUGGAAGGUGCCCGUGAAAUUUGUCACAAAUACGGUGCUUUGUUCAUGUUGGAUGAAGUUAUGUGUGGUUUAUCAAGAUGUGGAUCCUUACAUGCUUGGUUAAAGUAUUUACCAUUAGAUAAUGAAUCUUCAGGUGCUGUUGGCCCAGAUAUCCAAAGUAUUGGUAAAACUCUUGGUUCUGGUUAUGUCACCAUUGCAGGUGUUUUGAUUUCUCCAAAAGUUAGAGAUACAAUUGCAAAUGGUUCAAAUACUAUUCCAGGUGCUCAAACAUAUCAUUCUCAUGCAUUCAACACAAGAAUUGCAUUGGCUGUCCAAAAGAAAAUCAAAGCACAAAAUCUAACACACAACAUUGAAGAAGUUGGUUCUUAUAUGGGUGAGCUUUUAAGAUCUAAAUUAACUCCAGUUUCCAAAUAUUCUGGUGAUGUUAGAGGUACUGGUGGUUUCUGGAGUGUGGAAUUUGUAAAAGAUAAAACAACUAAGGAAAUGUUUACAGUAGAAGAUGAUUUUGCUCAUAUUGUUGCAGGUGUUGCCUUCAAAAAUGGUUUAUCUAUUAUGGUUGUGUCUGGUGCUGGUGAAAUUGGUGAUCAUAUCUCUCUAGCUCCAUCUUAUAUUAUUACAAAGAAAGAUGCUGAAGAUAUCGUUGAUAUCUUAGUGAAAUCCAUUGUUGAAUCUGAAGAAAUCUUUGAUUCAAAAAAAUAG